CUCGAAACCGUAACCAGAAAAAUCAUGUGGGCCGCGAUGAGCCUUUCAGUUGCCGCUCCGGCACCAUUCGCCACCACUAAACCGGCAGCGAAUCGCCUUUCAGCCGGAGCUCCGAGGAAGUUUCAGCUCUACUCGCAGCGUAGAAACCUCGAUUUAGCAUACGCGGCGGAGCAAAAGCAGCAAAUUCGGAAGAAAUCGCAAACAAAUCAUUUAGGUUAUAGGGCGGAGCAGAAGCAGAAAUUUUGGAAGAAAUCACAAACAACGCACAUACACCAAGCAGAAGAAGAACAAGUAGAAGAAAAACAAGUAGAUUCAAAGGAUGAAGAAAAGAAACUGACCGGAUUUGACGUAUUGCAAGCACUGGAAAAAGCAACGGCACGGAAAAUGAAGAAAAAGAGAAAUGGAAGAGAUGGUUCAUUGUUAACUAGUAGAAAAGUGAGUGAACAAACAGCUGCAGAGGAUGAAGCUACGGCGGAUUACGGUAACAAAAUUGUUCGAGCAUUGAGCAUAAGAGAAGAUUGGGGAACUCGUUUGGAUCAACUGGAAAAAAGACUUGUACAACUUGUAGAUACAAUAGCUUGAAUAUGCACAAUUCUAAUACUAAACAUACAUACACAUAAAAAACAAUUGUUUAUAAAAUUUGUUUUUAGUGUAUUAUUAUUCCCUCUAAUUUUAUACUUAUACUGAUAAAUUAUACUUUUAGAUAUAAAUAUAGUUUUAUCUUUUGGGAUCUUCAAUA